AUGAACACAGAGACUUCUGAAAAAGUUAUAACACCAUCAACGAUCAUUCCUAUUGAAAGUCCUUCAAAACAAGUUCAAAUGAAUGAGGAAAGUUUCUUACCAAAUACUGUAACCGAACGAAUUGAUCCAAAACGUGUUCGAUAUCCUCAUUGUAUUGUUUGGACACCAAUUCCAGUUCUUACUUGGCUCUUUCCAUUUGUUGGUCAUAUGGGAAUUGCUCGAACAGAUGGUGUUAUUCGAGAUUUUGCAGGACCUUAUUAUGUUUCAGAAGAUGAUAUGGCUUUUGGUUUACCAACACGAUAUCUUCAACUUGAUUUGACUCGUGUAUCAACAACAAGUAAUUCAAAUAAUGUACGAACAAUAUACGAUAAAUCCGUUGAACAAGCAUCAGAUGAAUAUAAAAAACGAAUGCACAACUUAUGUUGUGAUAAUUGUCAUUCACAUGUUGCUAUGGCAUUAAAUACUAUGGGUUAUGAUAGAAAAUAUACAUAUAAUAUGGUUUCACUCGCAUGUUGGAUGUUUUUUUGUGGAAAAUUCGUCAGUAUUGCUGGUUUUCUUCGUUCUUGGAUACCAUUUCUUAUAUUAGUGGCCAUUAUUGUUACUAUAACAGUUGUUACGAAAUUGCAAACAUAA